AUGCUAUCUUUAUGCAACCACUAUCGUGAACUUCGUGUCCACAUAUACGACCACUCUGGUUCUGCCGUAUCCCCUCCAUUUCAUAUCAGCCAACAGAAGAAAAAAUUUCUGCAGAUCCUCUCGGCUAUUGUCUUUGGUAAUGGCGAGUGCAUCGGUUUCGAUACGACAAUGAAUAUUCGACAGCUCAAACUCCCUGUGUUAUCCCGUCUCAAUGACAACUGGUAUGAUAUCCUGGAGGUUUUAUUUUCGAGUCAUGGCCUGGUUGGUCGUGGCACCGUUUGCUACUUGGCUAGAAAAGAUGAUGAAGAGUACAUCAUCAAGGACCACUGGGUCCUUGGGAAUGCAGACGACGAAGAUAUCUUAAAUGAGGUUGCUAUGUUGAAGAAGAUGCAGGGUGUCCGUGGUGUCCCGGAACUUGUAGAAUUCAGCAAGGUUAAGCUGUUGACUGGUGAGGUCGACAACACGAAGAUUUACCGAUAUCAAGAGCUACCCAGCUUAGUCGGCACUUGGCGCACUCAUUUUCGGCUCAUCAUGAAGCCCCGGGGGUGA